GAUCAUUUAUCUGUUCGUUCGCGGUAAAUAAUCGUCGAUUUAUUUAGACGUUAUUCCACGUUUGACAACGAUUUUGCGUUUUUUCCAACGGUUUUUCCCGUGUCAAUGUCGACACGCGUUGCGUCCGAAUCGUAUGCGUGAUGGUGAUUGUUGACAGGAUGAUCGUCGAAAAAAUUUUGCAAUUGGGACUGGUCCUGACGGUGUUGGUGAAUUUGCAUAUUUCGGCCGACGAGAAUUCGAAUGCUAAUGCGAAAUGUCAGUUCGGCAAAACCCUCAGGAAGCAGGUGAACGCCGAGCCUCUAAACGGCACCUGUUUGCGAGACAUAGUGAUGCGAUUAUCAAGCGAAUUUCGGUCUAUUACCGACGGUGAACUUGGCCUGAAGCCUUUUCAGAAGAUGCUCGGCGAAAUGGAGUUUGUGAACGUCUCCAGUAGUUUGAACAUGAAGCUUAGCUUGUUGGUAGACAAGCUGAACAACAAGUUGUUGUCUUACGCGGACCUCUUGAAGCACAGUUAUGAGAUUAUACUGCCAAUUUUAAUGAAAACUGAGAAUCAGUUUGAUCUUUCUACGUCUGGCAAUGGAUUAGAUUCUAUUUCGAACGGACUAGCCGAUUUAUGUUCUCAGGUUGCUCAAGAAUUGGCAGUUCAUUUGAGGAGCCAGGAGUGGAAGAAUUUACACCUAUUGUCUUUCAAGUAUCCAGUUACUGUGUGUGGCCCACCGAGUGCAGGCCACAAUAUUGGGCCACUUUUAUUGUCUCAAUAUUGUCCAAAAAAGAAUGUAUUAUUGUUACUUGAGCAUGCAGCUUUUAUGUCUGAAGGGGAUAUUACUUUGGCCCAAAUAACUGCAGAGACAAUAAUUGAUAUGUUGCCUCAGACAGAUUAUAUCAAUGUUAUUGGACUUUCUACUAAUAGUUCCAUUCAUUGCAAGGAUGGUUUAUUGAAGGCUACAGAUGUAAAUAAAUUCCAAUUAGUGCGAUACAUUCAUAGUUUAAUCAGAACAGAAACAAAUGACACGGUCGAAAUUGAUUUUAAUAAGUUAUUACAAAAAGUGAAGGGCGAAAUAGUGUUCAUACAUUUGACUAAUGCUCUUAAAUCUAGUUUACAUUUAGAAAAGAUAAGAAACUUAAUUUCCUCGCGGGAAGUGAAAGGCUAUAUCAGAACGAUAUUAAUUCUUUCAGAUCAAGAAGCACACUCCAAUGAUAAAGGGUACGAUGAAAACGUUGUGACUCUCCCAACGCCAAACAUACUCGGUUUUGAGAUAUCAAAAUUAUUCUCUGCUUUAAAAUGUUCCGAGGAGAACAAAAAGGAUCACUAUCUCUCCGAUCCGUAUUUCGACUUGUACACCAAAACGAUGACUUUAUCUAUCGGACAGAUCACAGACAAAGCAUUGAUAUCCUUAGAUGUCAAACUCCGAAAUUUUCUCGACGAUAUAACGUACUUCAAUUCUGGGACAGGCGCGUAUGCUGUGUUAUUCGAUGACAAGGGCAUAGUUUGGAUUCACAAGAAUUUCCCACGGAUGGAAACAUUGAUGGAUCAACCACUGAGAGUUAAUUUACAUCAUAUAGAGAAUCUCAGUCCCGAAAUAGUUAAAACGAUGAUCGAGGAACACGAAGGUGUGAUGAACGUGAAAACGCGAUUAGGGGAGAAGAAAUGGUAUCGUUGGAAACAUUUAACUUAUACAGAUCUGAUAGUAUGCUUGAUAUCGACCGCUAACGAUAGCGUUCUGCCCGUUGCAAAAUUAGUGCCGACGUUGUCGAUGAACAUUUUGCAUCAUCGCCUAGAUCUGCUGAUGCACAGUAUCACCGAUAAAAGUAUCCUGUGCACUUACCACAAUAAACUGUUGUCCCUGUCAACUGGAGUAGUAUAUCUUUCUCCCUGGUGCUUUCAAUCUCCCAUGGAGCAACUGAAACUAUUAGAAACCGGGACUGCUGUAACGAUGCAAAGUUACAUGGCGUACUUAAAAGAUUUAACAGGGUUACUAGCUAAUCCUGGACUGCAUCAAGCAGUCAGGCCAGACGUGGCUAUGCUGACUCAAAUAUUGGGUUUCUUUAAAGGCAGGCACAUAGAAAGUGCUUUAAAUAAAUUUAUAAUAAGACGAUAUAUCGUUGGAACCGUGAGCGGAGUUCUGGAAAUAUAUCCAGGAAUCAUGCUCGAUUCAGGUUUCGAUCCUAAAAGACGAAUAUGGUACGAAAAAGCGUUGGAACAUCCCGGGAAAUUAGUUUUUACUCCUCCAUAUUUAGGAGCUGGAGGUUCUGGAUACGUUGUUACUCUGAGUCAUACUAUUCAUCGGAAUUCGGACUCAAAGACGAAGGAUGAUGCUAUCGCGGUCGUGUCCAUGGACGUAGCUCUAGGAUUCGUCUCGCGACUUUUGAAAGAACUGUUCCCGUUCUGCAAUAACUCAACAGUGAAAUGUUUCCUGAUGGACGACAAAGGCUACCUAGUCUCGCACCCAGCAUUGUUACAACCGAUCGGCAAGAUCGAGCAACAGCAUUUAACGCACAAGGAAUUGUUAGUAGCAAACGACAUACUAAAUCAUGAACUGUUCGUUAAAAAGAAAGCGUGCGCGAAUUAUCUGGACGGUACCGUGCAGAGGUAUUACCAGUUUAAUACGUCGCUCGACGAGGUCCUCACUAACAUCGUUCACGGCGAACACUGUGUCAAAUAUCAAGUGGCGGCUGUGCCUGAAACGAACGUUUUCCUGGGCGUAGUUAACGUGACUUGCAAUUUAUUGAGCGCCUUUUGCCCGUGCAGUACCAUGGAUCGCUCUUGUUUAAAUUGUAAAAGAAUGGAGCAGACCGACUGCGAAUGUCCGUGCGAAUGUUCCUUGUACUAUUCGAAUUGCGGCGAGUAUAGCGCAAGCGAGAUGAACGAUCUUGAACCUUGUCCAGUGUCGCACGAGCAAGGAGGAAACACACAAAUGUCUUGGAUAGAAUCCACGAACUUAAAGACAUGUCCGUCCAUCGAUUGUAGGAUAUUCAAGACGGAGAAUGAAUGUCUUGGAGUUGUUGGUUGUCAAUGGUGCCACGUGGACAGCGACGGAGAGACGCCGUUACGAGCUCCCUUUUGUAACGAUAUGUCUCGAUGCUUUAGAGGAAUUCUUGGAUCGUACAUGCCGCUGAGCGAUGGCACAUACAAUUCUCAAUCGACAGAAGAGAUUGCAGCGCGUGAAUGGCCAUCGGUUGGCACGGUAGCCGGUGUGAUAUUAGCAUUUCUUCUGAUACUCGGAUUAAUGCUAUUUUGCUACAGACUUCGAUCUGUUCAGUCUGGGUUGGAGCAUCAGUGUCUGCAUAUUCACACAUCGCCAGAUAUGUUGCGUAUGACGCAUUUAGAGGGUGACGUGGAGCCGAUGGAGAUGGAGCAAACGAAAAAUAAUCUGGACUCUCUUAUAAGGGAGGGUAUAACUCCAAUUUCGCCAUAUAAGGUCACUUCGAAUUAUAGAAAACCGCCGGGGGGUGAUAGCGAUCAUGGAUACAGCACGAUGACGCCCCAUGAUGACUCUGAGCAACAAACGUUCGUUGAACCGUUGCUAGUUGUUGGCAAUAAUACUGAACCGGAUCUUAGAAGACGAUCCGCCUGUCUUCCGUCCCCGAUUACUCAUUUAGGAUCACCGCAUCACGUCUUGGCACCAGUUACCGUUCAUUGCAACAUGGAGGCAAACUUUUGUUAAUUGUAUACGAGCAGCGACAAGACAAAUUUCGUCCAAGAAUCGUUCCUUUAGGAAUAUAACGAAUAUUCGCUCGAAGAAAAUUUUUCAACUCGUCGAGUUCUUUUUUUUUAUAAAUACUAUGUUUUGUACAAGCUAUAUAGUGAUAUAUAGAUAUAUACGUAAUAAUAAGUUAAGGGAAAUCAUACUUAAAUGAAAUCCAACUGCUGCAGCUGGUAUAAGUUUUGAUACCGUUUUACAAUGCAACAAAUGUAAAUGUGUUCCGAUACUACUUAAAACGAUGAUAUAUUUUUUUAUAUGAGCCGAAAACAAACUGUGCAAUUAAUUCAUUUCGAAAAUCGACUAACGCAAUAGUGAAAUAAUAUUCUCCACAGCUUGUUUUCAUUAUAUAUUUUUCAACAAAUGGAUAUCGUACGUGUAACUAUUUAUAUAUCGCGUAAGUGUAAGCUAAUUAGAGUUAAGACUUUUGAAAUAGGAUUUAUUGAUCGAUAUAAAUUCGCAUAAUCAGUAGAUAUUUACACUUUUAUACACGAUGAUACUUUUUGGAGAUGGUGUACAGCGAUUUCAACAACACAAAAUAACGAUGUGAACUCUUUGUGGACAGAAGAGUCGCCUCUCUGUUAUUUACAUGUCAUACGUAUAUAUAUGAUAGAUAUUAUAUGACUGACUGCCUAACAUUUUAUCUUGCCAAUACUACAUCAUUGAACAAAAUGCGAUUAACGAAUGUCUUACUAUUUUUGUAAUUUGUAAAUGUAGAAAGACUAAUUUUUGAAUACUUUACACGUUGAUCAGUAUUUUAAUUGUAAAAGUAUAUAACUGCCGUUAAAAAAAAAGUUAAAUUUUAUUGCUAUAACAGGAAAAUACAAAACUCAUUAAAA